UAUAAAUUGGUUCAUAAGUAUUUAUAUUAUUAUAUAGACAACUUAUUUUCCCGAAAUAGGAACACAGCAGAAGUGUUCCAAUGACUAUAAGAAGGCCACCUCCCUGGAAUUACGCUGCUGUCUGUAACCCAUCCUAGGUCUCAUAGUUCAAGCUAAUCAUUGACAGGGCUUUUACAAUCACAAGCUUUUACUGAAGCUUUGAUAAGACACUGCAACAGUUAGUGGCAAAUGAAGGCAGACUGUGCAGCAGGGGACUCUAGGGAAUGAAUGGAUUUUCUCCAGCACCAGUGAAAGAAAUCUGACUUUCAACACACACACUAUAGAAGCACACAAUGUGUGGCCGAAGACUGACGAGAUCUGUUGCUUUUUGGGCAUUUAUUUUCAUAAGGACAGUUACUGGGCUUGCCGGGGAAGGAAGAUCGGUGUGGAAAAGAGAUCUUAACUUCAGUCCUGUGAAUGGCACCCAGGUGUUUCUGUAUGACACUUUCCCCAAAAGAUUUCUUUGGGGAGUAGGCACUGGAGCAUUUCAGGUGGAAGGUGGCUGGAAGAAGGAUGGAAAGGGACCUUCAAUAUGGGACCACUUCAUGCACUCAGAUAUCAGAGAUGCUGCUAGCAUAGAUGACUCCAGCAACAGUUACACUUUUCUGGACAAAGAUUUGUCAGCUCUGAAUUUUUUGGGGGUUACUUUUUAUCAAUUUUCAGUUUCAUGGCCAAGGCUCUUUCCUACAGGGGUGGUAACAAAUGCCAAUGAAAAAGGACUCCACUACUACAAUACUCUCAUUGACUCUCUAGUCCACAGACAUAUUGAGCCCAUAGUAACUCUGUACCAUUGGGACCUACCUUUGGCGCUGCAAGAAAUAUAUGGGGGGUGGAAAAAUGAAUCGAUAAUUGAUAUCUUCAGUGACUAUGCAACUUUUUGUUUCCAAAUGUUUGGGGACCGUGUUAAGUACUGGAUUACAAUCCACAAUCCUUAUUUAGUUGCCUGGCACGGGUAUGGAACAGGUAUGCAUGCACCUGGAGAAAGAGGGAAAAUAGCAGCUGUCUAUACUGUAGGACACAAUCUGAUCAAGGCUCAUGCAAAAGUUUGGCAUAACUACAACACACACUUUCGGCUAUAUCAGAAGGGGUUUUUGUCAAUAACAUUGGGAUCACAUUGGAUUGAACCUAACAAAUCAAAUGAUACUUUGGACAUUAAUAAGUGCCAGCAGUCCAUGGAAAGGGUGCUAGGAUGGUUUGCCAAGCCCAUUCAUGGGGAUGGAGACUACCCAGAAGAACUGAAAAAUAAAUUAUAUUCUAUUCUGCCCAAUUUUACUGAGUCCGAGAAAAACUAUAUAAAAGGAACAGCUGACUUCUUUGCAUUUUCCUUUGGUCCUAAUAAUUUUAAACCCCCAAACACACUAGCUAAAAUGGGACAAAAUUUGUCACUCAAUUUGCGGGAAGCACUGAAUUGGAUUAAAUUAGAAUACACCAAUCCCAGAAUCCUCAUUGCAGAAAAUGGUUGGUUCACUGACAGCCAUGUGAAAACAGAAGACACCACAGCCAUCUACAUGAUGAAGAACUUCAUUAAUAAGGUUUUACAAGCUAUUAAAUACGACAGAAUAGAUGUGUUUGGUUAUACCGCUUGGUCUCUUCUUGAUGGUUUUGAAUGGCAACAUGCUUACAGCACUAGACGUGGGCUAUUUUAUGUAGAUUUCAGCAGUAAACAGAAAGAGAGGAUUCCGAAGUCAUCUGCAUUGUAUUACAAGGAAAUAAUUGAAAGAAAUGGCUUCUUCCUCAAAGAGUCUACUGAAGCUUUGCAAGGUCAAUUUCCCUGUGACUUUUCCUGGGGUAUUACAGAAGCUGUUCUGAAGGCAGAAACUGUGGCUUCCUCUCCACAGUUCUGUGAUCCUAAUUUGUAUCUCUGGAACAUCUCUGGAGAUGGGCUUUUGCACCGAGUUAAAGGAGUGAAGCUGAAAACCCGACCAGCUCAGUGUACUGAUUUUGUCAGUAUUAAAAAACAACUUGAUCUCCUGGACAAAAUGGAAGUAACACAUUACAGAUUUGCACUUGACUGGUCAUUAAUUUUACCUAACGGGGAUCUGUCAGCCAUCAACAGACAAGUUCUCCGAUAUUACAGAUGUGUGAUUAGAGAAUUACUGAAACUCAAUAUUAAAUCUAUGGUCUCCUUAUACUAUCCAACACACGCCUAUUUAGGCUUGCCUGGUCCUUUGGUGCAGAGAGGAGGAUGGCUAAAUCAGUCUACUGUUCAGGCUUUUCAGAACUACGCAGCUUUGUGUUUUCAGGAACUUGGUGACUUGGUUAAACUCUGGAUCACAAUAAAUGAGCCAAACCGAUUAAGCGAUGUCUAUAAUAGUAGCAGCAAUGAUACCUAUCAGGCAGCACAUAAUUUACUGAUAGCACAUGCUAGGGCCUGGCAAAUAUAUGACCAGCAAUACAGAUCUUUUCAGCAUGGUCUAGUGUCUUUGUCUCUGCAUUCAGAUUGGGCUGAGCCUGCCAAUCCCUAUUUUGAUUCUCACUUAAAAGCUGCUGAAAGAUUUCUUCAGUUUGAAAUAGCCUGGUUUGCCGAUCCAAUUUUUAAGACAGGGGACUAUCCAGCAGCCAUGAGGGAAUACAUUGUAUCUAAAAACAAAAGAGGACUCUCAAGUUCCUUCUUGCCAUAUUUCACAGAUGAAGAAAAAAAACUUGUUAAAGGUGCAGCUGAUUUCUAUGCACUGAAUCAUUUUACAACAAGAUUUGUGAUUCAUGAACUUCAAAAUGGGAGCUGGUAUGAAUUUGAUCGGGAUGUUCAAUUCCUGCAGGAUAUCACAUGCCUGAGUUCCCCAUCUCGUUUGGCAGUGGUACCCUGGGGGAUGCGCAAAGUUCUAAAAUGGAUUAAAAAAACCUAUGGUGAUAUAGAUGUUUAUAUCACAGCAAAUGGGAUUGACGACCAGUCUUUAGCGAAUGAUGAACUUCGAAACUAUUACUUAGGAAAAUAUACCCAGGAGGUUUUAAAAGCUUAUCAUAUUGAUAAAGUAAAGAUUAAAGGGUAUUAUGCAUUUAAACUGACUGAAGAAAAAUCAAAACCCAGAUUUGGAUUCUUCACUUCUGAUUCAAGAGCCAAGCCUUCUAUACAAAUUUACAAUAACCUGAUUAGCAACAAUGGCUUUCCUGCAGAGUAUUCCCGUGAACUGUGUGAUAAAUCAGAUGACAAAACACGCUGUAGCUUCUGCUUAUUUCUCUCACAGAAGAAGCCUCUGAUAUUCUUUGGCUGCUGCCUUUUCUCUACUUUUGUCCUGCUUCUAACAAUUAUAAUUUUUCACAAAAGAAAAAGAAGAAAACUGUAUAGGACAAAAAACUUCAAGGACAUCUGUUUCCCAUUUAAAAGGGGACACAAAGCCACUCUCAACUAGAUUCAUCACUAUCUGCUUUCUGUAUAGUAUAAUGGGGAUGGGAAAAUUACUGAGAAGCACUAUGUGAGUCACUCCAGUUAUACACACCAAGUAACAUUCAGUGGAGAAAUCUAAAAUUACACACAGGGAGAAGAAAAACUGUGAUGGAUACCUGUGAUUUUUACCUAGCUUUUGAAGCAAGUUCAAUGCUUUCUCCCUGUGCCUUGGAAUAUUCUGUUAACUAGUUUGACUUUAAAAUAUAUUAAGCUGUGAGAACUAAUCUGCACUUUACACACACACUCUCACUCUCACUCUCUCAGAAAUUUUUGUGAUGGACAUUCAGAUAUGUUUGGUCAUUGAUAAGUUUGUUUCUGCAGCUGUUUGCAAAUGUGACCGUUUUAAAACAAGACCAGUUAAUCAAAUUCAACACCCAAGGAUUAAAUAGUUUGGAUCCAAUUCUGGUUUUAGUUCCAUAGGCAUAAAUCUGACAAUCUUCAUCAUUGACAUAAUGGAGACUAUUAAAACAGGCUAUUAAGACAUCACAUAAAAUAGAGAUGCACUAUACAUCAUAUGUAUUUAUUUCUGGAAAAUGUGCAAACUGUGAACCUUCUGUACUCCUGGUAAACUGCCAGUGAAGCCCUCAGUGUUGCAAAGAUUGGGCAGCCUCUUAUAAAGAAGUCUAUUCUCUCAAGAAUUCUGUACUCUAUUAAAAAUUACAUUUUCAGACUAUUAGGCAUGUCUUUCAAAUCAAGCUUAUUUUCACUAAACCUCUUGUCCAACAUAUUUGUGUUUGUACAGAUUACAUAUGCAUCCUAUAAUGUUCCUUACAAACAGCAUUGUCUGUGUCAAAGCUUCAGCACUCAGGCUCAAUUAGGCUAUUGCUACACUACAGAGUCUUUGGCAUAAAAGCUCCCCAAUAUAAAUGCAUCAUAUGCAGAAAAUUUUGUGAUGUAGAAAAACCAUGGCCCCCCAUCAAUAAUGAAUUCUGCUGCCAAAAGCAGUCUUUUGUGAAAAUAGCUGCGUCUAUUCAACGUUGUUGGGAUUUUAUCACAGCUGAGUCAGUCAGGGGGGUGUUUUUUCUGUGCCUUGCCAACAAAGAAGUACUUGAAUUUGCACUAGAAACCAAAACACGUCCCUUAGUUAAAUGUCGAUGGAUAUUAAAUGAUACUCUUUUUGGAAACCGGUGGUUUUGGUACAGCUAGUCUGUUGUCUGGAUAAGUAUACUGACUAUGCUAGCAUGGAGUCUUAUAUACCAAUUGUAAUUCUUGGUCCUUCUGCUCCCAGAGCAAAUUUGGGUUCUUUGCUGUCCAGAAUUUAAACACCUCAUAUCUCAACCAUGCCUCAUCCCCAGUACAUGGCAUGUGCUAUGCUAUCUAAAUAUUAAAAUAUAAAGAUCUCUCUCCAUGGAUUCCUUUCACAUUGAACUUGCAUAUAGAUAAAAGGCUAGUAUACAAAUCUCUAGUGCAGUUUUCUCCAACCCUGGCUUCCCCUGGCACAAAAGGGUGAACAUAUCUACAGACUCCCCUUUCCAAUUUUUCUCAAGUGUUUCAUAAAUGGGCACCAAGGGAUGUACCAAUUCCUGUAUACUGUACAUUCUCAUGCUCCCCCCACCCUUCUAAAUAGAUGUGGCCUUUAAGAGUUUCACUGUGUUUAGGAAUGUACAGCCUGCUACCUCCUGGGGAAGGGUGGAAGCACCAGCUCCCCUCUAUUUCAGUCUAAAUAUGUCAUGGGUACAUUGCCCCAUUCAAUCCCUCUUUCAGUCACCUCCCUCCUCAGCUCAGAGACAUGCUUCCCCCACACCUGAGCCUCAUCUGCCUGAGGCAAAGUUUUGCACUACCCCAGGUGGAGGCAGAGCUGCAGCUCUGAACAUGGUGCCUACUGGUGCAGCCCAGGGAGGCAAGCUGGGAUGCUUGAGUAUUCCUACAGGGAGCCUCCUAAUUGACCAACAAUGGUCAAAUAAGAGGAUCCCUUCAGAUCACCCUUCCUCCAUAUUGGCCUCUGAGCCCAAGUCUCCGUUCCCAGGCACCCUGUGCAGUGCUCCCUUAAUCAAACCUCCUCCAACAAAGCCACAAUACUGAUACCAUCACCACCUGCUUCAGGCUGCACAACCCUAGCACUGAGCCCAGCUCUGGUGUGCCUGCCACCUUCAGUGGCCUGUCUUGACUGUUGCCACUACCAUCCAGCCUCAGGUGCUCACCACAGGAGUAGGUGCUGCUCAGUUACAGCUUUAUCCCUGCCCUUCCUGGAGGCAAGGGUACGUGAGUAUUGUAAUUGGCCUAGGCAGCUGCUGCAGUACUACAGCUGAAUUCUCCUGCAGGACCCUCUUCUAGGUGUUGCUUCAACAGCCAGCUAGCCACACAAAAAGAUGAGUAGACUAUAAGGAAGACUUUACAUUGAGAAGGGGAUGCCAUGAGCCAGUUGCAUGCCACGUGCCACUGUCUGGCCAAAGGAAGAAAAGAAGCACUUUCCAGCUGUUGCACCAGAGACAUAGUGGUCUCUCCCUGCCGCCUCCACUAUUGUCCCAUUCAGUCAACAGGAGGCAAAAAAGCCCCUUCAGAACCAGGAAGGCUCUGCCCCCCUAAGACAGGAAUGGAGUUGGAGGUAAUGAAAUUAACAUUAACCCCACUUGUGUAGGCAUGACCACAUACAUAUAUGGAUCAUUAGGGAUGUAAGAGCUCAUUUAAUUGGUUAACCAGUUAACCUAGUAGUCACCAACCAGCAGAUAGUGUUCUACUGGUAGAUCUUUGAGCCUUUGACAGGUGAUCCUGACAGGUUUGACCAGGAGACUGUAAAGUGCCCCUCUAAGAACUGGCAUGUUGCUCCUGCCCUCUGCUUUGAAACUGUCACCCAGUCCCAAGAACCUCUUGCUUGCUGUGCAGAACACAGGAAGAGGAGGUACUAAUGUCAGGGUGCCCCUCCACCCUUGUACCCCAUCUCUACAGAGCAGAGGGGGGCAGGGAUGGAGAGAGUUUGCUGGCUGCUUUUGGAAGUGGUGCAGGGCCAGAGUAGGGGUGAGCCUGCCUUAGUCCCCUGCACCACCACCCAGGAGCCACCUGUGGUAAGCGGUGCCCAGCUGGAACCUGCAUUCCAAACCAUGGCCCCAGUCCUGAACCCCUCCUGCGCCCUAAACCACUAGCCUAGCUCUCUGUCCCACUGCUCCCAAACUCCCCAGAGCCUUCAACCUGAACCCCCUUCUGCAUCCCAACUCCCAGUCCCAGCCAAGAACCCCUCCCACACUCCAAAUCCAUUAGCCCAAGAUCAGAGUCCACAUCCCCCUCCCCCCACACCCUAGCUCUCUACCCCCAGCCUGAGAAAAUUGAGUUUGAGGGAGGGAGGAUGGAGUGAACAGGGGCAGGGCCUUGUACAAGGGGCAGGAAAGAGGCAGGGCAAGGGUGUUUGGGUUUUAGGUGGUUCCUGGAUGGCAUUUAAAUUUAAAAAGUGAUCUCAUGUUUAAAAAGGCUGAAGACUACUGAGUUAACCAUUUAAAGGACGGGGGCCCUUCAGCCUGACAUGGGGCAGCCCCUGCUUGCGGGCACCCAUGCCUGCAAUGGACAGAGGAUGCUCCAUCCAGACAGAACAGACCAUCUGAAGUGGGCCUCAUGGGGACAGGAGCCCCAUGCCCAUGGCGGGCAAGGAGUUGCUCCACCACCCCACCUGGGAUGGGACAAGAAGCAGCUAGCAGGCUAGAUCCAGCGCACAGCCACCUCAUCAGCACCCUUUCCACACAGCAGCUUACUGCUGUUUUAAAGACCUGGUUGCUAAUUGCUCUGCCAGCUGGGGACGCACAGAAGACUUCAUGCACUGUUCCCACCCCCCAGCAAAAUCCUUCAGUUCCUAUUGGCCAGUUUCCAGCCAAUAGGAGCUGAGAAAUUUUACUGGAGGCAAUGACAGAGCAAAGCCUUUUUCCCCUCCCCCUCUGUGCUGGAGCAGAGCCAUGUGGAGCUGCCAGCCCAGCAGAUUGGCAUGGAGCCUGUUUCAGGUUCCUGCUGGGCUGAUGCUGGGAGCCACCUUGGUAACCACCACCCAGCCACAGUCUGUCUAGCACCCUGUUCCCCUCCCCAACUACCUGCCCCAGGUCACCACCCAAAACUUCUGUAUCCCCGCAUCCCACCUCCUCCAGAUCAACUCCCUCCCAGACUCUGCACCCCUUCUUCCCUCCUCCCCCAAGCCAGAAUCCUCUCAUGCACCCAUACUCCCUCCUGGUCCCUACACCUCAAGCCCCUGA